CUGGAUAACAAACAUCACUGUCAGACCACUGCCGCACAACUUAAAGAUCUGAUGCUCUCAAACGGUUGUUCAGUAAUAGCUUUAGGCAACGGAACAGGAUGUCGAAGAUUCGAGAAUUUUUUGCUCAACUAUAAGAAGUCGGGUUAUUUUAAUCCAAUUGAUGUCAAGUAUAAGAUCAUCAACGAGUCUGGAGUCAGCUAUUACUCAGUUACCAAUGAAGCCAAAGCAUCGUUACCUCAUUUUCACGAGCAGAUGAUUGGCGCCAUUUCUAUCGCCCGAAGACUUAUUGAUCCUUUGAGUGAAUUAGUAAAAGUAGACCCAAAGCGUCUGCAGGUCGGGAUGUAUAUGAAAGAUAUCGAUCAAAACGAUGUGAAGAGAGCUUUCCAUGAGGUGGCCGUCGAAUGUGUCAGCUUUUGUGGUGUUGAUGUGAAUGUGGCUUCU